AUGGACGCGGCGCUGCCCGCCGCCGUCGUCGCCACCAUCCUCUCCCGCCUCGACGUCCGCUCCCUGCUCCUCGCCGCCGCCGCCUGCCGCGGCCUCCGCGCCUGCGCCUCCCACGCUCUCGCCUUCCUCCCCUCCUUCCACCUCCUUGAGGUGGCCCUGACGCACGAGCUGCUGCGCCCGCUGCUGCCGCCGAACCCGAGCCUGCGGAGCCUGCGCCUCGACUGCGCUCGCCUCGAGGACGCCGCCAUCGCCUGCCUCGCGCGCCCCGGCCUGCACGAGCUCCUCCUCCUCAACUGCGACAACAUCAGCGGCCGCCUGCUCUGCGAGCUCGGCACCACCUGCAGAGAUCUCAGGGUGCUUUCUCUCAACUCUCUUGGUGCACGUAGGGGACUGGUGGUAAAUUUCUCUGAUCUACAGGAAUUGCUCAAUGGAUGUUCUCAGCUAGAGAGUCUGAGAUUGGCACUUGAUUUCUCAACUUUUGAUGACCCCAACUUUGGUCAUGUAUGGGCAUCUGCUUCUGAAAGCCUAUCAUCUCUUGAGAUUGGUUAUAUUCCUAUGACAAUGUUACUUGAACUUCUGGCAGCUGUUACGGAAGCACAACAAUGCAUGGAUUAUGUUAAGGCACCAGUUUUCUUUCCUAGCCUUCAAAAGUUAUGCCUGGCUGUGGAUUUCAUAACCGACCAUCUGAUUGGUUCCAUAUCAGUCGCACUACCAUCACUGACACAUCUGGACCUGCAAGAUGCGCCAAUUGUGGAGCCUAAUUCAUCAUCAGAUCUCACCAAUGCUGGUCUUCAGCAAAUCAAUCCACACGGUAAACUGAAGCAUAUUUCUCUCAUGCGCAGCCAGGAAUUCUUAGUAACUUCCUUCCGCCGAGUGAAUGAUCUCGGAAUCCUGUUGAUGGCUGACAGGUGUUCAAAUCUUGAGAGUGUAUGUCUAGGUGGUUUCUCCCGUGUUACAGACACUGGUUUCAGGGCAAUCAUUCACUCUUGUUCCGGCCUUCACAAGCUUCGGGUGUCCCAUGGAAGCCAUCUAACUGAUCUGGUUUUCCAUGACAUUAUAGCCACUUCUCUUUGCCUAACACAUGUGAGUCUGAGGUGGUGCAAACUACUAACUAAUGUUGGGAUAGAGAGAUUAUCAUGCAACAAGGAUCUCAAUGUACUGGAUCUCAGGGACUGCCGCAGUUUGGGUGAUGAAGCUGUUAGGGCUCUGAGCUGCCUUCCCAAGUUGCAGACUUUGACGUUGGAUGGCACUGAUAUUAGCGAUCAAUCAUUGAAAUAUCUGGGACUUGGAACAUGUCCUCUAACUUCCUUGUCUCUUAGGGGUUGCCGGAAGCUUACAAAUGAUUGUAUCACCUUGUUAUUUGCUGGCCCUGUGAAGCAGAGCCUACAGGUGUUAGAUCUCUCCAGAAUUCCAAGUAUCACAGAUGAUGGUAUCAUGCUGUUAGCAAGGACCAGAACUCCUCUUAAUGAGCUCCGAAUGCGAGAAAAUCCGAAAAUCGGGGAUGCCUCUGUGAUGGCUCUUGCUUCCAUGCAAUUGGAUGGUGGAACUUAUGGCAGCAGCUUGCAGCUGCUGGAUCUUUUUGACUGCGGUGGGAUUACACCCCUUGCAACUCGUUGGUUUAAGAAACCUUACUUCCCUAGAUUGCGGUGGCUGGGAAUUACAGGUAGCUUGAAUAGGGUUAUGGUGGAUGCACUGUCUCGAAGCCGGCCUUUCUUACAUAUGGCUUGUCGUGGUGAAGAAUUAGGGACUAUGCUCUGGGACACCUCCACUGACUGGUAUUGGCAUAAUGACGACGAUCUUGAUGAGCUUGAACAGUGGCUCUUGGAGGGUGAACCGGUUUCAGAUGAUGACACCAUCAUGGAAGAAUGA